GAGCUCACUCACACACACUGCUUAAAAGGGUCCCAGGCAGGAGUGCUCACUGAUCCACCAGAGCGGAGUGUGUGUGCGUACACACAAGCGCGUCUGCGAGGGGCGACUGCCAACUGGCCACUGAGCCGCCGGAGAAGCGAGGAGGAGGAGGAAGGAGGCCAGGAUGCCACAGAACGUGGUGCUGCGUGGGCCAGCCCCCUGGGGCUUCCGGCUCUCGGGGGGGAAGGACUUCAGCCAGCCACUGACCAUCACCAGGAUCACCCCUGGCAGUAAGGCGUCACUGGCUAACCUGUGUCCUGGUGACAUCAUCCUGGCCAUCGAUGGUGUCCCCACCGAGGACAUGAUGCACUGCGAGGCACAGAACAGGAUCAAGGACUGUAGCAGCCAGCUGAGUCUGCGUAUCGAGAGGCCAGAGACCAGGCUGUGGUCGCCAUUGGUCACAGAGGGUGACAAGCCCAACCCCUUCAAAGUGAAUCUGGAGUCCGAACCGCAGGACUGCAAGCCUAUUGGCACCGGCCACAACCGCAAGGCCCAGCCAUUCAUAGCUGCGGCCAACAUCGACGACAAGAGACAGGUGGUGAGCUCGUCCUACAACUCCCCCAUAGGGCUGUACUCCUCAGGCAACAUCCAGGACGCCAUGCAGGGCCAGCUGAGGGGCCUCGUGCAGAGCAAGCCCGAGGGAACCUCCCGCCUGUCAUCCAUCGAGGAGUCGCACGUGUACCGCAUGCUGCAGGAGGAUGAGGAGGAGCCCCAUAUGCCCCGCCAGUCCAGCUCCUUCAAGGCCCUGCAGGAUUUCGUGGACAGUGAUGGCACCCGUCCCUUGGUCACCAGGACGGUGAAGGCACCCGUGACAAAGCCCCCAGCGUCCCCUGGAACCCUCCAGAAGCUGCCCCUGUGUGACAAGUGUGGCAAUGGCAUCGUGGGCACCGUGGUAAAAGCCCGGGACAAGUUCCGACAUCCAGGCUGCUUUGUGUGCUCAGACUGCGACAUGAACCUGAAGCAGAAAGGCUACUUCUUCGUGGAGGGCCAGCUGUACUGUGAGACCCACGCCCGCACUCGGACAAGACCCCCCGAGGGGCACGACCUCAUCACCGCCUACCCCAUGUAGGACCCCCAGCAGGCCGCCCCGCUGCACUGCGCCGCACUCCUUGAUACUGACACAGUUUGCGAUGCUUGUUUCCACCGAACCUGCUGCAUUUGCUGCAACUGAGUAGAAAAAUCAUGAGGCUAAAAUGUGUUUAGAGUACGUUUCAGAUCCCCAGAUCGGUAAGACAGUGCCCUCUAGUGGCAAAGGUAGGUGUUCCAUGGACACAUGGAACCGCGGGUAGAACGCCUCACCUUUUCUUCUGAGUGAUGACAUCAGAAACAGCCUGCAGAGAAUGACACUUCCUCUCCUGGAAGAUAUUCUCGUGUUUUUUAAGCUGAUGUUGGCUUGUCGCCAUGCCGCCGUUUUCUGCUUUACAAAAAGUUCUUAGAUGCUAUAAACAAGUUACCAUGUAUUGGCGGAUGAGAUUGGACAGACAUUCUUAAAAACUACUGGUUCUAUAUAGAAAAUUAACUUUUUGCAAAAAUAGCUCGCUGUUUUGUAAAAGGGCCUUAGGCUUACUUGUUUUGCCAAAUCAUGCCUUUUUGCUACAAUGAUUGCACACUCAAUGUGCCCACCGAUUUGUUAUGUUUCACAAAUGCAGCUUAAAGCCUUUUUGAAAGCCCCUUGAGGUUAUCAGCUGUUUGUCUGUGCCUGCGAUCAGACGUUUUCUGCUGUGUUUUGCACUCCCAUUGUCCUAAAUAAAGAAAUGUCGGGUCCAGCUGCU